AGCAUUGCUCAGUGAAAGUACGUGACAAGGUUUGUGCUGAGCAGAUUCUGAACAGGGGCUGAAGACACGUAGGGUAAACACACGUGAGCGACGCGGGCGCAGCACAGCCGCACACAUGCUUCGUGCAUUACACAGAUGUAACUUAGUCCGCGCGACUGAAGCACACGUGAUUAAUUUGUGGUGACAAGAACAUUUUCAUGUUGUGAAUUAAUGUGUGAAUUUUUUACCGGAAAAUAAAUUGAUAACAACAAUGGCCCCAAUAACUUACACGGAAACUGAGUUGAUAGAACAACCGUUACAUACAAAUGACUACAUUCAAUACAAGCUUCACCACCCAGCGAAGGACACCGGCGAGACCAGAACCAAUGGCAGACUGUACGAGACCAGUCCUUAUGACCAGAUGUUGAAUCCUAAAGAACCCAAAUUCCUUGCGCCGCUUCGACGCUUGGAGAAAAGAAUGGGUUUCGUUACUCCCAUAAGAUGGGUCAACACUAUUGCUAUAACAGCAUUCCACAUUAUUGGUGUUUUAUGGUUUUUAAGAUUUGUAUAUUUUAUAGACAAACCGUUCAAAUGGCAAACUUUAAUAUUCGGCUACCUUGUGGGCCAGGUGGCUGGUUUUGGAGUAACGGGAGGAGCACACCGGUACUGGUGUCAUCGCUCAUACAAAGCUACACUACCUCUCCAAUGGAUUCUCAUCAUAUGCUACUCAACGGCUGGUCAGAACACUAUAUACGAGUGGGUUCGGGACCACCGCGUGCACCACAAGUUUUCGGAAACCACAGCAGAUCCACAUGACGCGAACCGAGGGUUCUUGUUCUCACACGUCGGCUGGCUGAUGAUGAAGAAACACCCAAAUGUGCUAAGACAAGGCGCCAAGCUUGACUUGAGCGACAUCACCAAUGAUCCACUUAUUCAAUUCCAUACCAAAUAUUUCCUGUUAUUCAAGAUAGUAUUCUGCUUCGUCAUACCCUCUGUGAUCCCUGCCCUAUGCUGGGACGAAUGUUGGGAAAUAUCCGUCAUGUCGCAGUCAGUGCUGCGGUACUUGCUGAGCCUCAACUUCACCUGGUCGGUCAACAGCUUCGCGCAUUUGUGGGGCAACAAGCCUUAUGACAAGAACAUAAUGCCAGUAGAAAAUUGGGGUGUCUCAAUAGUGGCUAUGGGCGAGGGCUGGCACAACUACCACCACACUUUCCCUUGGGACUACAAGGCUGCUGAACUUGGAAUACCAAUGAACUUGACUACAACACUGUUGAAUCACUUCGCGAGUAUCGGAUGGGCGUAUGACUUGAAGGAAGCAUCACCAUCCUUGGUCAGGUCGGUGGCAAAGGCCAGGGGUGAACCACGAGAAGACUAAAUUUUAUCAACAAUACUAGAGGCAGUAAUAUAUGUAAUAGGUCAAUUCUAGUGGCAUCAGACUUCCAUUCUAAAACCAUGGGUUGUUAUUCCUAAAGGUACUUGCAGUAUUAGGAACUUAGCCUACCUACUUAAAAUGAUUCGGCAGAAUCAAACAAUUUCGUAAGUUACCAUGGAGUUUCUACUGUCUACUAAUAAGUACUGAGCAUGUACUUAGGCACUAUAAUUGUAUAAGGGCAAACGUGAUCUUAGGUUAUAAUGUAAUUUUAAGUUUAUUGUUACAUACCUACUUUAGUUUAUAAGUGUAAGUACCUACCUGAUAUUAAAAAAUAUUUGCUCAUUUUAGACUCGUUAAGGAUUUAAAAAAUAUUAGUAUUUAGUGUAUACGGCAUGUAAGUAUUAAUUAUUAGAAUGUAUUUUUAUUAAUUCAAAAUCGCAAUAAGAUAGGUUUGUUUUAUUAAAUCUAUACUUAUACCUACUGUUACUUCAAUAAGUACGUAUUUAUUAAGUAAGAGACAUAUUGAUUUCAGAGAUUGUUGUAAAUUAAUAAAAACUCAGAAACUUUUACGUGAU